AUGGAAGGAGAUCGAAAUGAUAAUGCGCUCUUCGGCCUUCCUUCUGUCCAACAACAGUGCAGGAUUUAUGAUGCGACGGCUCUCCACCACACUGUCGUGCAAGAACUUGGGGAAGUAAUGCGAUCUUUUGUCUUCCCACUAUUCAAUCCUAUCGUAAUGUUUGUGAUGAGGUCGCUCUCCGACGCACACUUGCACACGAGCUUGGGAAAACUUUUGUUUUCUCCCGCAGAGCUUUCUAAACUUAUAAAAGGAGAGAAUACAGAGUCCAAAGCCACUAGUCAAACACAACCCUCGACUAGUCCGGUCGUUUCAUUAUAA